UUUCACCCACAGGAAAAACUUUAAUAUCCGGUGCUACAACUUCCGAGUGUAGAGAGUCCAGUCUUGCACCAAGAGACACUACAUCUGUGAGGAACCUUUGUCUUUAUUAUACAUAUUCUGUAUUCUCACUGAUUAACUGAGGAUGGAUACGGACAGGAGUCAGAAGACUGAGAUGAUAAUAAAUAUCACCCUGGAGAUCAUCUACCUGCUGACUGGAGAGGGUUACACGGUAGUGAGGAAGACAUCCGGUAAGUUCGAGACACCCAGCAGCUGUCCCCGUGUGUCAGGAAGACUGAGCAGAACCCAGAGCCCCAUCACGGUGCCUCCACCUCACUCACUGAUACAUGAGAGACACAAUAACCAGAAGAUCCUAGAACUCACCAACAAGAUCAUUCAGCUGCUGACUGGAGAGGAGCAAGAGUAUAUAGAGGAACACAGGGGUCUGUACAAGGACGUGAUGAUGGAGAAUCACCGGCCCCUCACAUCACUGGAUGGGCAUAGUAACAGAGAUACCCCAGAGAGAUGUCCCCGUCCUCUGUAUUCCCAGGACUGUACAGAGAAGAGUCACAGGACCCCACAGGAGAAUCAGGGUGAAGAUAGGAGUAAUGUGACUGAUAUGAAGGCAGAAGAUAUAGAGGGAGAAGAAGAGAUGUAUGUGACUGAUAUAAAGGCAGAAGAUAUAGAGGGAGAAGAAGAGACGUAUGUGACUGAUAUGAAGACAGAAGAUAUAGAGGGAGAAGAAGAGAUGUAUGUGACUGAUAUGAAGGCAGAAGAUAUAGAGGGAGAAGAGACGUACGUGACUGAUAUGAAGGCAGAAGAUAUAGAGGGAGAAGAAGAGACGUGUGUGACUGAUAUGAAGGCAGAAGAUAUAGAGGGAGAAGAAGAGACGUAUGUGAAGGAUGAUCUGCAGUGUAAGGAGGAGGAAAUCCCUACAGAUAUCAGCACAGAUGAAUGUAACAGAAGGAAUAUCUCAGAAGAAAAUCUAAUUUCAUCUUCAGGUUGUAAAACAGAAGAUGAUGACAUCACACAAGAUUCUCCUGGAGAAACCCCUACUGCUCUACUCGUACCUCCUGUACCUCAAAAUGUGCUUGUGUCAUGUGGUCCCUCUAAUCAAAGGGAAUGUUCUGAUAACACUGAUAUUGGGUCAUCUUCUACAGCUCUGACAGUAGAUAAAAUAUUUCCCUGUUCUAUAGAUGACAGAUGUUUUACACAGACCGCACAGCUUAUAACCAAUCAUCCAGCUAAGGGAGGUGAGAAACCAUUUCCAUGUUCUGAGUGUGGGAAAUGUUUUACACACAACUCACGUCUUGUUACACAUCAGAGAAGUCACACAGGUGAGAAACCAUUUCCAUGUUCUGAGUGUGGGAAAAGUUUUACCGAUAAAUCAAAUCUUGUUACACAUCAGAGAAGUCACACAGGUGAGAAGCCAUUUCCAUGUUCUGAGUGUGGGAAAAGUUUUACACACAAGUCACAUCUUGUUGCACAUCAGAGAAGUCACACAGGUGAGAAGCCAUUUCCAUGUUCUGAGUGUGGGAAAUGUUUUACACACAACUCACGUCUUGUUAAACAUCAGAGAAGUCACACAGGUGAGAAACCAUUUCCAUGUUCUGAGUGUGGGAAAUGUUUUGCUGAUAAAUCAAAUCUUGUUACACAUCAGAGAAGUCACACAGGUGACAAGCCAUUUCCAUGUUCUGAGUGUGGGAAAUGUUUUACAUGGAAAUCACUUCUAUGUCUACAUGAGAGAAUACAUACAGGUGAGAAGCCAUUUCCAUGUUCACAGUGUGGGAAAUGUUUUACCAAAAAAUCAAAUCUUGUUACACAUCAGAGAAGUCACACAGGUGACAAGCCAUUUCCAUGUUCUGAGUGUGGGAAAUGUUUUACACACAAGUCAUGUCUUGUUAAACAUCAGAGAAGUCACACAGGUGACAAUCCAUUUCCAUGUUCUGAGUGUGGGAAAUGUUUUACACGGAAAUCACUUCUAUGCCUACAUGAGAGAAUACAUAUAGGUGAGAAGCCAUUUCCAUGUUCACAGUGUGGGAAAUGUUUUACCAAUAAAUCAAAUCUUGUUACACAUCAGAGAAGUCACACAGGUGACAAGCCAUUUCCAUGUUCUGAGUGUGGGAAACGUUUUACACACAAGUCACGUCUUGUUAAACAUCAGAGAAGUCACACAGGUGAGAAACCAUUUCCAUGUUCGGAGUGUGGGAAAUGUUUUACCGAUAAAUCAAAUCUUGUUACACAUCAGAGAAGUCACACAGUUGACAAGCCAUUUCCAUGUUCUGAGUGUGGGAAAUGUUUUACACACAACUCACGUCUUGUAGCACAUCAGAGAAGUCACACAGGUGAGAGGCCAUUUCCAUGUUCUGAGUGUGGGAAAUGUUUUACACACAAAUCAGCUCUUGUUAAACAUCAGAGAAGUCACACUGGUGAGAAGCCAUUUCCAUGUUCUGAGUGUGGGAAAUGUUUUACAUACAACUCACGUCUUGUUAAACAUCAGAGAAGUCACACAGGUGAGAAACCAUUUCCAUGUUCUGAGUGUGGGAAAUGUUUUACCUAUAAAUCAUAUCUUGUUACACAUCAGAGAAGUCACACAGGUGAUAAACCAUUUCCAUGUUCUGAGUGUGGGAAAAGUUUUACCGAUAAAUCAAAUCUUGUUACACAUCAGAGACGUCACACAGUUGACAAGCCAUUUCCAUGUUCUGAGUGUGGGAAAUGUUUUACACACAAGUCACAUCUUGUUGCACAUCAGAGAAGUCACACAGGUGAGAAGCCAUUUCCAUGUUCUGAGUGUGGGAAAUGUUUUACAUACAACUCACGUCUUGUUAAACAUCAGAGAAGUCACACAGGUGAGAAACCAUUUCCAUGUUCUGAGUGUGGGAAAUGUUUUACCUAUAAAUCAUAUCUUGUUACACAUCAGAGAAGUCACACAGGUGAUAAACCAUUUCCAUGUUCUGAGUGUGGGAAAAGUUUUACCGAUAAAUCAAAUCUUGUUACACAUCAGAGAAGUCACACAGAUGACAAGCCAUUUCCAUGUUCUGAGUGUGGGAAAAGUUUUACACAGAAGUCACAUCUUGUUGCACAUCAGAGAAGUCACACAGGUGAGAAACCAUUUCCAUGUUCUGAGUGUGGGAAAUGUUUUAGAGAUAAAUCAUCUGUUGUUAGACAUCAGAAACUUCACACACAUGAGAAUCCAUUUCCAUGUUCUGAGUGUGGGAAAUGUUUUAAACACAAGUCAGUUCUUGUUAAACAUCAGAGAAGUCACACAGGUGAGAAGCCGUUUCCAUGUUCACAGUGUGGGAAAUGUUUUGCUGAUAAAUCAAAUCUUGUUAAACAUCAGAGAAGUCACACAGGUGACAAGCCAUUUCCAUGUUCUGAGUGUGGGAAAAGUUUUACAUACAAGUCACAUCUUGUUGCACAUCAGAGAAGUCAAACAGGCGAGAAGCCAUUUCCAUGUUCUGAGUGUGGGAAAUGUUUUAAACACAAGUCAGUUCUUGUUAAACAUCAGAGAAGUCAAACAGGCGAGAAGCCAUUUCCAUGUUCUGAGUGUGGGAAAUGUUUUAAACACAAGUCAGUUCUUGUUAAACAUCAGAGAAGUCACACAGGUGAGAAGCCAUUUCCAUGUUCACAGUGUGGGAAAUGUUUUGCUGAUAAAUCAAAUCUUGUUAAACAUCAGAGAAGUCACACAGGUAACAAGCCAUUUCCAUGUUCUGAGUGUGGGAAAUGUUUUACCUGGAAAUCACGUCUAUUUCUACAUGAGAGAAUACAUACAGGUGAGAAGCCAUUUCCAUGUUCUGAGUGUGGGAAAAGUUUUACAUACAAGUCACGUCUUGUUACACAUCAGAGAAGUCACACAGGUGAGAGGCCAUUUCCAUGUUCUGAGUGUGGGAAAUGUUUUACAUGGAAAUCACUUCUAUUUCUACAUGAGAGAAUACAUACAGGUGAGAAGCCAUUUCCAUGUUCUGAGUGUGGGAAAAGUUUUACAUACAAGUCACGUCUUGUUACACAUCAGAGAAGUCACACAGGUGAGAGGCCAUUUCCAUGUUCUGAGUGUGGGAAAUGUUUUACACAUAAAUCAAAUCUUGUUCUACAUGAGAGAAUACAUACAGGUGAGAAGCCAUUUCCAUGCUCACAGUGUGGGAAAUGUUUUACUGAUAAAUCAAAUCUUGUUAAACAUCAGAGAAGUCACACAGGUGAAAAGCCAUUUCCAUGUUCUGAGUGUGGGAAACGUUUUACACACAAGUCACGUCUUGUUAAACAUCAGCAAAGACACACAGGUGAGAAACCAUUUCCAUGUUCUGAGUGUGGGAAAUGUUUUACCGAUAAAUCAAAUCUUGUUACACAUCAGAGAAGUCACACAGGUGACAAGCCAUUUCCAUGUUCUGAGUGUGGGAAAAGUUUUACACACAAGUCACAUCUUGUUAAACAUCAGAGAAGUCACACAGGUGAGAGGCCAUUUCCAUGUUCUGAGUGUGGGAAAUGUUUUACACACAACUCACGUCUUGUUAAACAUCAGAUACGUCACACAGGUGAGAAACCAUUUCGAUGUUCUGAGUGUGGGAAAUGUUUUACUGAUAAAUCAAAUCUUGUUACACAUCAGAGAAGUCACACAGGUGACAAGCCAUUUCCAUGUUCUGAGUGUGGGAAAUGUUUUACACACAACUCACGUCUUGUUAAACAUCAGAGAAGUCACACAGGUGAGAAACCAUUUCCAUGUUCUGAGUGUGGGAAAUGUUUUACCGAUAAAUCAUAUCUUGUUACACAUCAGAGAAGUCACACAGGUGAGAAGCCAUUUCCAUGUUCUGAGUGUGGGAAAAGUUUUACAGAUAAAUCAAAUCUUGUUACACAUCAGAGAAGUCACACAGGUGACAAGCCAUUUCCAUGUUCUGAGUGUGGGAAAAGUUUUACACACAAGUCACAUCUUGUUAAACAUCUGAGAAGUCACACAGGUGAGAAACCAUUUCCAUGUUCUGAGUGUGGGAAAUGUUUUACACAGAAAUCACAUCUUGUUCUACAUGAGAGAAUACAUUCAGGUGUGCAGCCAUUUCCAUGCUCACAGUGUGGGAAAUGUUUUACCGAUAAAUCAAAUGUUGUUACACAUCAAAGAAGUCACACAGGUGACAAGCCAUUUCCAUGUUCUGAGUGUGGGAAAAGUUUUACACACAAGUCACGUCUUGUUAAACAUCAGAGAAGUCACACAGGUGAGAAACCAUUUCCAUGUACUGAGUGUGGGAAUUGUUUUAGAGAUAAAUCAUCAGAAACUUCACACACAUGAGAAUGUGUAACAUGACAGUAAUCGAAUCUUGAUAAAACUAUACUUUAUUAACACUAGUUAAAAUUUGUAUAUAUGCAGAUGGAAAGUUAUUUAUCUUACAAAUAAAUCUAAUUUCUCACAUAUUUUUUGUUAAAGGGCUGAGCUGGAAUGGUUUGUGUUAUUUAUCUAGCAUCCAUAAGGGAUAUUGGGGACAGAAUUAGUGCGAUGGGGUAUAGAUGGGUCCAAAGGAGCAAGUGCACUUUAAAAUUCUUCACUGGGUGUGCUGGCUCCUCCCCUCUAUGCCCCCUCCUACAGCUCAGUUUAGAUAAAGUUCCCUCAGGAGAGGAUGCACACUCUAAAGCUCCAGAGUUUUUCUUCAUUUUAUUUCUAAGUUUUAUUUAUUUCGGUAUGCUGUUUGGGCAACAGCAUACCUGCCUCUUGAGGUGCAGAGCCGCUUUCCCGCUGCAGGACCGCCGUCCUGAGGGGCUGUUUGUUCAGCGAGGCAUGGAUCCUUGGCUGUCUCAGCCGCAGCAUGCUGCAAACCCUUAACACUGCGUGAAGGUGAUCAUCAGUGGUGAGUACCAACCAGGGGCCCCGCUAGGGUGCUCACCCGGUCUAAUGUGUGGCUGAAGCAUGGGUCAGGCAUACGGGUCCCUCCUGGGGGGACCCAUUAUAGUUCCUGCGUGAGACUGGCUAACUACAAUGAACCAAGCAUUUAUGUGAGGUUGUACAUGUUAAAGGAGACAUGGCCAGUAUAAAUAUACAGCAGUAGCUCCGGCGCCAUGUCGGGGGGCGGAGCUACAUGAGAGCAGGCUCAGCGGCAUUUUGGCGUCUUCCUCUGCAUGAGCAGCAGCUGCAGCAGCCUACACAGCUCCUCCAGAACUGCCCCUGUAUACACUGGUACCAGGUAUAGGGAGGGGGGAAGGAGAGCCGCUAUCAUUGUGCACAAUAAUCCCCUGGGGUUACACAUAUAUAUCAAACGCUGACAACCUCACUGGGGCCGGUCAGUGUUGGGUGCGCUGGAGUCUCUCUUCUCUGUCUCCUCUCACAUUCAAUAGGGCAGGCUUGUCAUAUAUAAUAUCAGGCUGUAUUGUGUGUGUAUAUUAUACCUGUUUUUCUAAUCACUAUGGUAAAACAGAAGUCUUGUAAUGCCAGGUUCUCUCCUAGUACAUACAGCUCAUUAUCAUGUGAGCAGUGUAGUCAGUCAUCUCAUGCUGAUACUAAUGUGGGGGAGAAUGCAGAGCCCCCCUGGUUGGGGUCUAUAAAAACUAUGAUGUCUGAUAUGUCAUCUCAGCUCACUGCAACUGCAAACAAGACACAAGAACUGCAACAAGCAGUUACUGCUAAGCGUCCCUCCUGCCUGCUUCACAGAAACCUGCU